AUGCAAUUGCAACGGAUGUACGAAAUCAUUUUAAUGUGCAAUGCGCACUGGGGUUUUGCAAUCGAAAUUGUCACUCAAUUGGAUGAAACGUCAAAGGAAGGAAUAGUCGUAAAUAAAUCGUCAAUUGUAAGCAAAUCAGUAAGGCAGGCAAUCAAUUAUCAUUGGAAUGUUGAACGAAUGAACAGCAACAAGCAGAAGCAAAGAAGCGAUAAUCAUCAUCAAGAUAUUCAUCGACUCGAUUCGAAAUGUGUUGAAUCUCAAUUUAGUCAAUCAAAGCUUUACAACGAACUCAACAGCUGA